GCCAAGUGUUCCGGAUGUCACUGUCAGGACUUCCCGUCCAUUUCAUUCUUAAUUAAAUAGCUGAGCGAAAAUGAUGACCGCCGCCGCGGAGGUCAACGGCGGAGGAGUGACACGAUGGGAGCAAGAAAACUACCAGCUGCAACCUUCGGAACAGCAAAUAUUGACUUACUUCGCCGGAGAAACCAGGAGCAGCCUAUGGAAUAGGGAAGUUGGAAGUGGGCUGCCGGAGGAGACAGAAACGGAGAGCUCCAAGAAGAGGAAGGCUUUCAAGAGUCGCUCGCUGAUGAAGCAGAAGAGCAAGAAAGAACCAUCAAUUUGCACAUUAAAUGGAAGCGAAGAGAAGAAAGGAGAUUAUAUUCAUGUCAGAGCACGGCGCGGUCAAGCCACGGACAGUCAUAGCUUAGCUGAAAGAGUAAGGAGAGAAAAGAUCAGUGAGAGGAUGAAACACCUGCAAGAUUUAGUGCCUGGGUGCAAUAAGAUCACUGGGAAGGCUGGGAUGCUUGAUGAAAUCAUUAACUAUGUCCAAUCUCUUCAACGACAAGUAGAGUUCUUAUCAAUGAAACUUGCGGCGGCUAGUCCUGUCCUGGACUUCAACAACGUUAUUGACAGUUUUUACAGCCAGGAGAUGUUUGAAGCAAGUGGAUCUAAUUAUCCUGCUCAUCUUCACUUCGGUUCAUUACCAGAAUGUACUGAACUAGAAAUCCGUCCAAAUCCUUUGGGUAUGGAAUUUCGAAGAACAGUCAAUACUCCAAUCUCAAUGCAUGACAGAAUACAUGUGCACACCUCCACAGUAACUUGGGAUGCAAAUAUACCCAACUUAUAUGGUACACAGUUUCAUCAAGGAGGAUCAAACUCCUCUCUUUUGCAACCAUUUAUGAGUUCCAUAGAAGAAGGUAACACAAGCACGGCAAUCUGAACAAAUUGUAACUUUCGCACUGUUAAUUUCUUGAAUUUCAAUAGUUAAAAAUUCCUAAUUUUCUUCCAAUGGACAUAAUACGUGUGCUUGUAUGAUAAGUACAUGUACUGUGUAUAUAUGUCAUAAAUAUUAGAUGAUGUUGCUAUAUAUCAAUUUUACUUAUUCUCCCUAAAUGAAAUCCAACAUUAAAAAAAAGUGUAUUUGUGUGUAAAUUGUAUCUCAAAUUAUUGUUGAGCAUGGUGUAGUUAG